AGAGAAGACAAAAAUAAUGUUUCUUGCUUUUUUUACAAACGGAAGAGAAUAAUUAUAAUAUUGCACUUAUGAAAUGUGAAUACUAGAAAUGGCAAAAUUGUUACUAAUUAUAUUCAGUAUCAUCGGUACUUUUUGGCAAACAAUUGGGAUAAAUAAAUAUAAUGAUUACACUCUCAUACAAAUCACUCCAUACGACAAAAAGCAACUGAAGACAUUGAUGAUGCUCACCAAUUCAGAUGACGUGGACAUAAUGAAGCACAGUCAUGGUUUAAACGACACUGCUGAUUUAUUAGUGUCCCCAAGAGAUCGAAGAAAUGUGGAAAAGUUUGCAAAGUUGAGGGGAAUGGGCGUUAAACGUAUAGAUCAUUAUGGCAGAUAUUUUGAUAAGGAGGUAGCAGUAAUAAGAAAACAUGACCAAUAUCUGUCCGCAAAAUAUAAUUCUUAUGAAGCUAUAUCGAAGCAUUUAAAAACUCUAUCAAAAGAGAACCGCCGGUAUGUGAAACUACAAAAUCUUGGCAGGAGCUACGAACGUCGAAUGGUGACCUUGGUAAAAAUCUCCGCGAAUUUUGGGGCUCGGAAUCCUAUAAUAUUUCUUGAUGCAGGUGCGCAUGCAAGAGAGUGGGCAAGCCCAGCAUUUGCGACGUACGUAAUAGACCAGCUAGUGGUGGCGGCAAAGAAACCUAAUCAGGAAGAGCUUCACGGCGUGGAUUGGUACAUACUGCCGGUGGUCAACCCUGAUGGCUAUGAGUUCACGAGAUCGGACCCUGACAAUCGUAUGUGGAGAAAAACAAGAUCGAAAACUUGGAGAAAAGAGUGCCACGGAGUAGACAUCAACAGGAACUACGAUUUCAUGUGGGGCUACCGUGGUGCUUCCUUCGACCCUUGCAACUUCCAAACAUAUGCCGGCGAAAAGGCCUUCUCUGAACGCGAAACACGUCUAGUUCGCAAAGUAAUGGAGGCUAACAAACGAAUCAAGCUCUAUAUAUCCAUACACUCAUACGGGGAGUACUUGAUCCAUCCUUGGGGCUAUACGGGGACCAUUCUGCCAGAUGAAUGGGAGAAGUUGCAUCGAUUAGCACAAGUAUAUUCAAAAGCUGUGGUACAAGCAGGAGGGCGGCCGUUUAAGAUCAUGAGCGCGGGACAGUGGUACCCGGCCGCCGGAGGCAGUGAUGACUACGCCUUCGCAAUAGUAAAGAUUCCAUAUGCGUACACUUUGGAGAUUACUAACGGCUACCAAUUUAACUACCCGGAACGGCUUUUGGGCACUGUCCUGCCACAAUAUUAUGAGGGUUUGAAAGCUAUGGCAGAAGAAAUUAAACGCGAAUUUUCGAAAAAAGGCUGAAAGAUAAUUAAUUUUGCAUUUUUAAUUCUU